AUGGUUAAUUUAUGCAAUGUUAAAGCCACAGAUGGUGUAAAGCCUGUUCUGUUAAUGAUAGUGGUCCAGUCUCUAUAUGCAGUGGUGAAUAUCUUGUUCAAGUUGGCAGCAGAUGAUGGAAUGAGCUUAAGUGUUCUUAUUGCUUACCGCUUCAUCUUUGCUGCUGGCUUCAUUGUUCCCUUUGCUCUCAUCUUUGAAAGGAAAAGCCUGCAACAACUUACUGGGAAAGUUCUAUUCUAUGCUCUUCUUUGUGGGUUAUUUGGGGGAUGCUUACAAAACAACCUCUAUGUUAAAUCUUUGGCCUUGGUAACUGCAACAUAUACUACAACCAUGUUGAAUCUCAUCCCUGCUGUUACCUACAUCUUGGCUGUUUCUCUUAGACUAGAGAAGCCAAAUCUUGGAACAAUAGAUGGCAAGGCCAAGUUGCUGGGAACUAUAACUGGAAUUGGUGGAGCCAUGAUCCUCACUUUCUACAAAGGCAGAAGGAUAUCCUUCUGGUCAACACACAUUGACUUGUUGCAACAUGCGGCAUCAAAACAGGAACCCCCAACUAGUACUCGCUUAUGGGGCAGCAUGCUAGCUUUGGGUGCUUCUAUGAGUUACUCAUUGUGGUUGAUAAUUCAGACAAAGAUGAGUGAGAAAUUUCGGUGGAACUAUUCAAUUGCUGCUUUGACAUGCACAGCGAGCUCAAUCCUAUCUGUUAUAUUUGCUCUUUGCACGGAGAGAGAUUGGAGCCAAUGGAAACUUGGCUGGAACUUGAGGCUUCUAACAGCAGCUAGCUCGGGUAUCUUGGCCUCUGGGGUGAAUUAUACCCUAUUAGCAUGGUGUGUGCGCAUUAAGGGACCUCUUUUUGCUUCUGCUUUUAGUCCUCUAAUGCUUGUGCUAGUGGCCUUGGGUGGAUCAUUAGUAUUAGAUGAGACACUUCAUGUUGGAAGUUUAACAGGAGCAGUGUUGAUUGUGUGUGGAUUGUAUGCGUUGUUGUGGGGUAAAAGAAACGAAACAAGGAAGGCGGAGAGUGAGUUGGUGUCCUUAAAAAUUAGCUCUACUCAAUGUGAACCAAUCCAAAUUGCCAAAUCUUUCUCAUGCAACCCAAGGGAGCAUGACAAGAAGAUUGUAGCAAGUGUUGCUACCAAUACAUCUUCUAGUGUCAACAAUUCUAUAGGCGAAGUUCAACAAUUGAAAACUUGA